AUGCUGAGGCCCUGGGUUCGAGUGACUGUUUUACUGAGAUUUUCUGUUAAGAUAUUCUCCGUAGUGGCCCGGAGUUGGGAAGUUGGCGGUGUUGAUCCCCCGUGCCUCGGAGAGCACGUAAAGCCGUCUAUCCUGCGCCUUAACGCCUCACCGGUCGUGUCGAAGUAUCGUCCCACGCCCUCUAUUCCCUCUCUCCUCUUGCCUUUCUAUUCCUUUUACUUCGAGAGUACAAGGAAUAGAGAGUGCUCGUGUGUCUGCGCGUACACUUAUGCUCUA